AAAAACACGCACCACGCUACUGCGCGUCUCACUGGGCGAACAGGUUUAUUUUGCUACCGGAAACUUUCUGGAUCGAUAUUUGCUUGACUCCAUGAGGUGAGUCGUCAGAGAGGAGUCCGAGUCAACACACAUUGACAUCGCAAAUAAAAAAGUAAAUUAUAAUGAGCUUUCCUCUUCUCACCAUAAUCGCAAGUAGUAAGAAUAAUAAUAAUGACGUUCACGGUGGGCUCAUUCGAGGAGGAGACGGAUUCGAUUGGGAUUGGGGAUGAACAAUCUCAAAAUUUCUCGCAACGCGAUUGCAAUAAUUCCUCAAGACCUGACAAUGAAAAUAUCAAAGCUCGAUAUAAUGCGACGAGUAAUCGAAACGACUUGGAGGAUGGCGAUGAUGAAGGCGAAAUUCCUGGAGGAACAACGAUGGGGGAGAUUGUUCAAGAUAUUUUGGAAACCGGCGUCCCUGCACCUCCGGACGGCGGAUGGGGUUGGGUGAUUGUCGGUGCAUCAUUUUUCCUUAAUCUUGUCAUGGAUGGCGUUACUUCAACGACUGGGGUGUUGUUGCCGUAUAUUGCCGAAACGUUUGAAGCAGGGAAUGGUCAAGUUGCCCUAGCUGGAAGCUUACUUUGUGGAAUUAGUUUAUGUGUUGGUCCGAUUGUGUCCGGAUUAACAAACAAAUUUGGAUGUCGGGUGGUGUGCGUGGCUGGGUGUAUCAGUGCAUCUUUAGCUUUUCUGCUGUCAUCAUUAUCCGGCUCAAUUGUUUUUCUGAUUAUGGCCAACGGAAUUCUUGGAGGUUUCGGAUUCGGCCUCAUGUUUCUGCCCACCAUUGUCUGCGUCAGUUACUAUUUCGAAUCAAAGAGAGCUCGAGCUACUGGAAUUGCCGUGUGUGGUUCUGGUUUCGGUGCAACAUCAUUUGCACCUCUUGUGUCCAUUUUAAUUCAUUUGAUCGGUUGGCGUGGGGUGUAUUUAAUUUAUGCUGCUUUGCUUGGAUUAUGCGUGAUAUGUGGAUUGCUGAUGAGACCACUAGUCAUUCAAAGAGAGGAGACAAAGCGACCUUUACUCAUGAAUUUAAGUAGCAACGACAAAAGGAGUCAACUCCGACAGAGUGUCAAUUCUGAUUAUGCUACGAGGACACGAUUCAGCAACGUAAACUUGGAACCUGGUGUUCAGUCCGGCAUGAAUUUGGACGAACUGGUGGUUACUCCUACUCCAAGGUCGCAUUUGAACAAUAUUGGUCCACGCCCACCAAGCCCAAUACCCAUUCCACUCCACUCACGAUUAGGGAAGCAUCGUUUGAGCAUUGAGAAAGCACCCAGGGCGAUGCACGAAUUCGAUGAUGAGGACGACGACGACACUGGCUUACAAUUUCGAACCCACUCAGUAAACCAACAAGCGCCACCGCCAACCCAUCGACGAAGAAAUUUAUCAGGUCUGUCAGAUGGAUCUAUAGGUGAGAUUAUGGAUGAUGAAAAUCUCGACGAUGGGAUGAUGGAUCGACCACGUAGCCCAAACUCCUCUGCACAACGUUUCCGAUCAAGACUUACAACGGAAGGAAGCGAAUCUAGCAUUAUUCCAAGAAUUGAUUCUUUCACUACCGGAGGAUCCGAAUUUCAACAUGGAAUUCGGCGACCGAGUUUUCUUCGAGCUGUCCCUUCUUCAUCUCAUCCAUUUUCGAGUGGAUCAAUCUAUGGUUCUACCCAGUUGUCUGUCAAUUCGUUUGCUAUGUCCAGAAAAGCUGAAGAGGAAUACGGGUAUCUGCUGAGCCGCGGGGAGCUUUCUGACAUCACGGGACGUGCGCCAAAUACUUUCACUCCGACCCCAGCUAUAAUUAGACCAAUGAGUAGAAAGGAUAUCUUUUACUCGGGAUCAAUCAUCAAUCUCCCCGAGUUCCACUCCAACCCAAGUUUUUUGUCAUACCGUCAAAGUAUUAUAAAUCUGGCGUCGGACGAGUCGGACAAUAAAUUUGCGGAUGUGACUAAAUCUCGAAAACCAGGCAUUUCCUCACUCCUUCGAAAGAAAGCGGAUGGAGCAUUUGGACACAUUUUAUCUCAAAUGGUAGAUCUUUCACUAUUAUGUAAUCCUGUCUUCCUAUUACUGGCUUGUAGCGGUGUGGUCGGAAUGCUGGGAUUUUAUCUACCAUUCGUGUAUGGAAUUGAUUAUUCCAUUAAACAGGGUGUUUCUCCCCAAGACGCCGCUUUCCUCAUUUCCAUUGUCGGAAUUAUGAACACUUUUGGACGUGUAUUUUUUGGACUCAUUUCUGAUCUUCCAUACAUUAAUUCACUCCUACUGAACAAUAUUUGUAUCCUAAUCAUGGGAUUUUGUGUUGGAGCCCUGCCAUUUUGUGUCACAUAUGGAUUAAUCUUAACAGUUUAUGUGAUAUUUGGACUAGCCCUCUCAGGAUUUGUGUCAUUAACUUCAAUCAUUUUGGUCGACCUUCUGGGAUUGGACAAGUUGACCAACGCAUUUGGACUUUUAAUAUUCUUUCGAGGAAUUGCCUCAGUUAUAGGGACACCUCUGGCUGGUGCUUUGUACGACGCGUAUGGAAAUUACACGAUUCCCUUUCUCGUGGGGGCCUCGUUUCUCAUUCUCUCGUCCCUUUUUGGAUUCGUGGUGCCACUGGCUCAGAGAUAUUCAAAAGGGAAAAUUAUUUUGACACCUCUGAAGCUACCGCAGGAGGGGAUGGCUUAUGCUGGUCCAGUUUUAGAAGAUAUUAUUGAGGAGGAGAUGGAAAACCAAGGGAAAGUGCAAGAGUGUCAUGAAAGAGGCGAUGAUGGCAACGUUUUUGAUGAAGAGAAUGCGGGUGUUCAAGAUGAAACGGUCAAGAACUUGGAUAAUGUUUAAGUGUUUUGAUUUAACAAUCGUCCAACUUGUAAUAAUUUAUGUAUUAAUCAAUAUACAUAUUCCUGGUGCAUAUGUAUGUGUUCUCUUCUUGUGUCAAAAAAUAUUCAAAUAAAUGUUUGUAAACUGUUA